CUGCGUGUCGGUGCCGGGAGCAGCAGGGCUGUCAGUGUGGAUGUUACAGGGUCGCUCUGACCAGAUGAUUUCAGCAGCAGAGUCCACUUCGCAUUUUGAGCGACGCCCCCAAAUUCCGUGCAGAGUGUUUGCAGACCCUCCGGGACGGAGAGGUGGAGGAGGAAUCGGCAGCUCCGCCGUCCAUAUACACUACAAUCAGCACGCCAACAGUUCAUGACUCCGUGAUAUCUGUGACAGUGGGGCUCGGACGGAUUUUAUAAGCUCUCCAGGACUGAGGCUGCUGCAGAGAAUGGGAAUAGGGACACAGGCCAAAGCUUGCCAUUUUGGCUGAAGUAACAGCAGGACGGUUGUCAACCCCACAUCGGCUUCAAUCCCCUUUUCCCUUACCUCUCUCUCUCUCACACACACACGCACACGUACACAGCUGUUGCAAUGUCCACUGCCGUAGACAUCGCUGGCCCUUCCUCGCCUGAUCAGGCCCACAGCAGCACCAAAAUCCCCAAUGAGCCACUGAGACCCAGCCUAAAGCGCUCCAGCCACCCCUACAGCCUCUCCCAUUACAUGUCCACCCCCUCCUCAGCCAUGGACGUCACAGGCCUGAUCCAGCCCUCCCCAGCCCAGCAGCGGGCCGCCCAGCCUGCGCACACCAAGCCCCGCCGGGCCCCCUCCUGGCCCGACAUGUGGGAGUCGCCCAGCGGGCUCCACCUGGCUCAUGCCGCGGAGCUGCUGAUGCGAGCGGGGCUGCUGGCUCUGACCCCCAGCACCACGGAGCAGACCGGCCUCGGUCCGCAGAGCAGCCAGCCGGCUAAAAGGGAGGCCGCAGAGGCCAAGGGGGAGAAAGGGGAUGGGGAGGGAGGUGGAUCUGGUCCUGAGGAGGAGGAAGAGGACUCUCUGGGAUGUGGGACCGAGUUCCAGCCCUUCCUGGGAGCCUGGUUCCCCUUCAGCCCUGCUCUGUUCCCCCUGGCAGGUUUCCAGAUGGGGGGAGGCCGCUGGAGGAACGCGGCCAUGGUAGGUGAGGGGAUGGAGGGGCUGGUGGCUGAGGGCUACUCCCCCGGCUCUCUGGGCGGAGGCAGCGGGGGGAGGAGGAAGAGAAAGAGGUGUGGAGAGUGUGUACCAUGCCGGCGUCAGAGGAACUGCGAACAGUGCAGCAGUUGCCGCAAUCGCAAGAGGGGACACCAGAUCUGUAAAUACAGGAAGUGCGAGGAGCUGAAGAGGAAGCCGGGAGGUCCCGGCUUCGAAACAAGGGUCUCCGGGUUUGAUCUAAGGGGGUCCGACUUUACUUUGGGCCUGGCACAGGAGAGAAGCAACGGAGCCUUGGAUGGAUAGUAAUGUAUGUGACGGCGGCGUUUGUUCGAGGAUCCUGGUUGGAUGAUUGUUAAGGAGCUGCAGUGUCAGAUAAACAGGACGGCAUGUUAAUGUGCUCGGAUUGUGGCGUAAAGAUUGUCAGAUCUCGCGCUGGAGGAUCUGCAGCUCUGUUUGAGAAUGUUCACACUCGCUCCCAUCCUUUCUUUUGACAAUCAGUGAAUUGGAGAGGAGAGAAAGAAGGAAACCAAUGUGUGUCAGUACUUAGACGAUGACAAAAAUGCUGUAAAUACACUGUAAAUAUCUGGAAAACAUUAUGUCUUUUUUUACAUCCCUUUCCAGUUCGGAUGUAUUGUGUUUCGACAUAAAAAAGAGCCAAAUGUUUUGUUUCUAAUGGGAAGUUUUGAUUCUGUUGUUCUGACGUCACUGCAUCAGUAAGAGAUGAAUGAGUUCAGCAUAGGCUAAAUUAUUUCAUGUGCAACUCGUACUGUAGAGCUCUGUUUGCCCUUUUCAAAUAAAAGAAGAAAUUGACCAUG